UCAAAGGGGAAUUUUCACUUUAAAUAUGUAUCUCAGCUGAAUAACCCUUAUUUGUUUCCCUAUUUGGGCUUGUUCACGUUCUCAAAGUGGGCUAACAGUUCAGCUGAGAAAGCAGUGUCACCAAACAAAAUAGUUUGAUUUCAUGGUAGUACAAUUAGAGAGUACAGGCCACAAGAUUAGUUUAAAAUGAGUCAACUCUAAUACUGUUAUCUCCUUAUAAAGGUUGCAUACACAUGUAAUUCAAUAUGUAAGUCAAAUGACUACAAAAGAUCUUCCCAAAGAAGUCAAAGCACAUAUUCAGAGUGGGCUCAUAGCCAAACCUUUGUGUUUUUAGGGUUCCAGUGACUUGAGACAUGAAAAUCCUCACUUUAGAGCAUCCUGAUAGUAUCACUAGUGCCAUUAUUGCCAAAGCAGCAAAUGCUCCGAGGCUCCGUUCAUUAGAAGGAGAUCUUAUUAGUUCACAGGCAACAAUGUGGGCAGCCAGAGGAGAUUCUAACAGAGAGAGAGAGAGAGAGAGAGAGAGAGAGCGAGAGAGAGAGCGAGAGCGGUGUCCUUUCAUUCUGAUCUUGUAUCCCGACUUAAUGGAUUGUUAAAAGCCUUCAGGCUACAAGUGUUACGCCAAUAAACGUUAACACUCAACCAGCCUUUAGAAGAUGUGUCUUUUGUCUUUCUUUCUCCCCGAGACUCCACAGCACUAACACAAGCUCUUCUUCCCCUGGGUGAAGAGAGUAAUUUGGGUUUGCAAAUCCCCCCCCCUCCAGUUUAGCCAUAGUUGGAUGCAUGCACCUAUCAUGAAAUGUUAACAUGGCAACCCCUCUCGCUGUCUCUCACACUUGGCUGUGCGCACAAACGCGUGGGACACCACGCGGGGACAUCCUGGCAUGUCCACUGACAGUUGGUCAAGUCCUAUAUCCACAUGAUUUGCAGGCUUGGCAUGCCACGUAGGGAGCAAAUUUAGUCCAGAUGCUACAGGUUAUGUCCAAGCUCACAUGACAGACAGGGGAAGGACGUUGUUGGAGAGAUGUGAAACGGUUUUGUUCUUUGUACUCCGGUUGUUCAAUCUGAUUCUGGGCUAAGUUUGUUGACCGCUGUCCCAGAAAGUUCCCCCCUUUUCUCUGGGCCAAUCGGAUGUCAAAACCCAUGCUUUUCUCAACUGUCCAGCUUUAUUCUUUGUUGCAAGACACAACGGCGGAUAGUGUUGUUUUCAUCGUCAUGUUUUGUAAUGUAUUUCAAGUUCCCAACUUGGCUUCACAUUCCCGUCUCCCACGUCCUCCGCCUUGACUUGCAUGUUAUUAUCCUCCUCCAGGCCUCACACCUCGCCCUUUCUUUUCCAAGCUCUUUCUUUGUCAUACUUGCAUGUGAAUGUUCUUUAACUGCAGUCGAGGCACUUUGAUCUUUGCGAUUAAUUCUUGGUUACUUGUCUGUGGCUUUUUAAAUGUGUGCUUCGCCCCGUGGGAACAAAGGAAACAUUUCAAUGGCAAAAGUAAGAAUAACAGUCAAUACUUAUCUGCAUGUGUAAAAGUAAAAACAUUCUGAGAUGAGUUCUGAAUGUAUGUCGAUGGCAGCCUCCUGUUAUCGCUAACGCAGCAGUUUCAUAUCUGUGAUCACUGUCUUUAGCUUCCUGACAUGAAUUCAAAGCUUCCAAGUUAGUAUGAAGUGGGCUUUUGACUGUAAUGCGAGCCAUUUGUGGCCCUUAAUAUAACCACUGUAUUGUCUGGGGUAUCCCAGAGGUGGGAGAACUCUGAAGCCUGCUAUCGCAAACAUGUUAGCCACAACUUUUGAGAUGCCCUUGAGGAAACUGUGAGAGUUUGAGCAUCAAGUUGCCAAAGGUACCUUGAGUGAGACUGUGAUGGGGGCAGUAACUGGAUGUCCAGUUGGACGUCAGUGGGCUAUCAAUUGAGUGCAAUAGAAUGCAAAGAGCAGACCCGAAAAGGUAGUUCAAGCAGGGCAAAGCUCUAGCCUAAAAUAUGGCUCACUGCUUUGUUGCCAUGUCCGGCUUCAAAAGCCCAAUCCAGCAGGUAUUAUGAUGCAGUUAGACGGCAUCAUACAGUCAGUAUCGGGACGACUAGUGCCCCUCUGUAUGUCUGUGAUGUCGUAGACUGUGGACGGUGUGGAACGGGUUUCAUUGGAGUCAUUGACCGGACUUGUUAUGACUGUACGUGUGUGUGUGCCAUGGAUGUAUAAAAAGAACUGGAUAGAGCGUUGGAGGGCGGAGCCCGUUCGUUGCGAUGUACGGUGCUUAUUGGUGCAUAAAGCCAAAAAACACUUUGCUUUCGGGUAUAAAAGCAAGCAUAGAGCAAGCGCACUUUUCCUUUAACCCCGCCCCCUCCCGAUAGCUUGGUGUGUACGCUCACACCACCAGGUCAUAGAGGGUGAGGAGAAAGUAGUUCCUCUAAAUAACAGGUGGGUCUGAGGUGGGAGGUCACCAAAACCUUUUUCCCAUAAUUGCCGGUCAGACUGCGGUCUUUUGAGAAAACGUUUUGGAUGGCGGCUUUAUUGCUGACUUCUUGGAUUUGACUUCAUGGCCGAGUUUGCUGAAUUGCCAAUUUUCUCCCUUCUUCCAAUUUUCUUUGCUUUGGAUUACAUUUUACAGAAAGUACAGGCUGUCACCGGCUGAUAAAACUGUAAUUAAUACGAACUUGUAACAUAUAACUCUACGUGUGUGCUUACUGCUGAAAUUUCCUUCCGAGAGCUCCUCAUCUUUAGUUUAUCCGACUGUCUUCCCCUCAAGAAGUCAUUUUCUCUGCAAACUAGACAAUGCCAUUAACAACAGCCACGAGUUCAUCUCCUUCAUCUCCUUGUGAGUUUUAUUUUCUGGUUCAAUCCACAUUGAUUUUAUAUGUCAUUCUUUCUAUGCCUUCUCUGCAAGGCCACAUGCAGUAGGUGGGCUCUGCGAGCAGUCGAGCUCUCUUGGAUUAUUUUUAAUCAUUAGCAUUUACAUAACGGAGUAAUUAAUAGAGAGAUAAUGGGUUUUUAAUCUUUUUUUCCCGUGUCUGUGUUUGAAUCGAAUGUUGCAUAAGAGUUGUCGUCGCUCGGUGCCACAAACGUACCGCCGCCCCGAACUGUUUUUAACUGCCCUACCCCUUUUUUUGGUCUAAAGUGAUGGUUGUGAACUCUUUGCGGCACUUUAAGAUGCACCGUCACAUUUAGCAGGUUUAAAGGCCAAGAGCGUCGCUGAAGCUCUCCCGCCUGUGCUGCUUUAACAUCGGGUCCACGCUACCCCCGAAGCUUUGAACGCAGGCACAACGUGAACGAUGUGUUAAUUUGAGGAAUUUGCAAAACAUCGCAGUGAAACGGGAUUAUAUUCAUUUUUAAAAUGAUUUUGUUUCCAUGUAUGUCAAAGAAAUUUGUCUGGUUACAUAAAAUCUUCAUUGUAUCAGUCACAGCUAUUUCUGUGCUCUGUAGUCUACCCUCGCUUUAUCCCGUUGGGAUUUGUGAUAAUGGAUUUGUUUAGCUUUCCCUAGGAACACCGUGGAAGCAGCAAAAGCCUCACAAGCGCCGCAUUGCCUCGGUUGAACUCCGGUGUUUCACAGAGAGGCAUCAGGUGCGGUGCUUCGCUCCGAGUCGCGUUAAGUGUUUGAACGCCACUAUGGCUGCCACUCAGGUUUAUAAUCUGCUGUACAACAGAGGGAGUUCUCCCCUCUGUCGAUGUCCUGUCUCAGAUGGAGGAAUCAAUUCAUAAAGGCUGGUUUGAUAAAACUCAGCAGACUGUCAGUUGUAAUAAUCAACUCUACCGAGGAUUGCAUCAGUCUGUCAACGAGGUAUCUCAAAAAUCUAUGAUCAGAUUUCCAUCAAAUGUGCUGGACACAAAGAAGAAUGAAUCCAUUUUUGUUGUGAUGAGUCAGUUAUUUACACACACGCACACAUGCGCUGCAUUGUUGGCGUCAUUUGGCUUUGGUAAGGGAGCAGAUUUCGGAGCCACUGGGGUGUCUGUGUCAGCCUGUUCACCCAAUUCUAGAGAAUACACAACACCUGCACUGACCUAAAUGAUUCAUAAUGGCACACACACACACACACAUGUCUGAUUCUCCUCAGCAGCCACUUGUUAUUGUUGUGUGUUGUUCCCAAUCUUUUCUGCCUGCAUGUCAACACAGUCUUUCUCUUGCUUGAGAUGUAUCUUCGGUCACAGCUUACUGAGCUGUUAAAUCUUUAAUGUGUCUGAAAACUGCAACAUUAGUUGAUGCCAAUGGGGCUUCACAUGUAGGGCUGUCAAUUAAGCUGUUGACACAAACGCUCGAGGGGGGGGGGCGUACUUCUUUACGCCGCGCAAUGAUGCGUGUUGUGGCAACUGUUGCGGCCUGUUUCUGUGCGCGGUGACAUAAUCUUACACCAGCAUGUGUGAAUAUGUGGUCACAGUUCAUCCCAACAUAAACAUAACUUGAAUAUUAAUCGGGCGUAUGGAGGGCUUUUUUUAAAUGUCAUUUUCCCAACAUCUUAAGUCAUCAAAAUGCUUUGGACAAAUCCUCAAAAGACGAUCCACUUUAGGAGGGACAAUUGUGAUCAGUAUGUAUGAUCAGACUGUGACAUUUUAGGGUGACAUUUUGUCCUAAUGGGGCCACGGAGAUGGUGAACAUGGCGCGCAUUAAGUAUCUUUAGAGCGUGUGUGCGUGUGUUUGUGUGUGCACCGUGGGGGUUCCAACCUCUGCAAUAAUCACAUUGCUUUGGGGUCACGAGGUGCAGAUGAUAUUGUUAUUAAAAGUCAUGUUGAGUCUUUUGCAAAUGCAAAUCGUACAGUAUGAAUUCAAGUGCAGCAGUUAAAUUGUGUGUGUGUGUGUGUGUGUGUGUGUGUGUGUGUGUGUGUGUGUGGGUUUGCGGUUACCGGUGUGGGCAGCACGGGCUGUGGUUGCCUUGACAACCCUGGCACACUCGCCAGUGGUUCUGCGUGUAACCGAUGAAUAAUUCAGUGCGGUCGGCGGCGGCAGGCUUUCCCCAGGAGGACGGGAUCUUGUUCCCACGAGUCACCUGUGCCCAGAGCUCCGGCCGCUCUGUCCCGACUCCGUUACGGGACGUGUUUUAUGUCAUACAAUUGGAGAGAUCAGUACCACUGUAAACCCUGAAGAUGGAUCUGCGUACCACACACACACACAAACAAUUAUCUUAUGAUCCUUAUAAGUAUCAGACUGGUAUGAUUCCAAAAAUGUGCUUUCUUCUUCAACUUUCUUAGGUUGCUAAUAUUUGGUCGGCCUGAUAUUGAAAUGUCAAAAGAACUCGGGGCGAGGUCCUCUGCUGCUGAUGUUUCUGUCCUAGUGGGGAGCUCAUCGUAUUCACUCAGCAUCCCUGGAUGUAAAUCAUUCACUGAUGAGAUGAGGAGACUGAAAACCAGGAGGGCUCUGUGGCAAAGUACUGACAGCAACUCGCCCACAGCAGAGGCACGCACUGGUAUUUUAAGGCUGCCAAUACCCUCUGCCUGUCACGUCAGGCGACACACCUUGAUGUUUGUGAGUGUGGAGUUACCAUUCUCAGUUUUGACAGUUGGAUCUUCUGAAUUAUGAAAGAAUGCGUAUCGAGAACCAGAUCCAGAACAGCGUGCACUCAUUGGCUGUCUGAUUAUACCAUAUAAGGUGUUUGAAGAUAAUUACACAAGCAUUAGGAAACUAAUAAGCACUGUUACCUUUUGCGACAGAUUCCGAGACAAAAGAGGCUGAAACGGCCAAGCUGUAAACCAGAUGCAUGAUGGGAUUACUAAUGUUGCUGCUGCAGACGGUAUGUGCAUAUAAUAUGCAGUAUGGGUAUAAACUCUUACAAACAUGCAGGAACAGUGUGUGUACUCGAGGUGAGUGAUGCUGUUUGAAUACACGAGGUACAGCUCGACUCCUCCGUCCCAUUCUGCCUAUAAACCUUCUCUGAGUAGCUCGGACUUGUAAACACACUCUACUCUCUGAGCAGCUCAUUGAGGGUGAGUGACGAACCUGCUGUGAUAGCAAGUGUAAUUCUGUGAUUUCAUAGAACGUCCUGAGCCUAAUUACCUCCAGUAUUGCAGCGUGUGUAGCGCAGGACAACUCAUGAAAUAACACGCGACUGUCACAGAAAUUGACGCGUAAACCUUAAUUCCAGUGAAUUAAAGGACAUGGAGAGCAGCCAGUUCCCAAAGUAAAAUUUUUCAGGCCUUAAUCACCUGAUCUCUCCCCUGACGUCACUUUGUCAUUCUGUACAUGGCUUCACUUUAAGUGGUCAAUCCCAUUUAAAUGUCAAAAGUCUGACUAAACCUGAGCUGCCCCAACUCGCCAUAAACAAUUCAUGCCCGCGCGCACAAGUCAACACGCUGUCCCCGUAACCCGAGGGGGCCGAGCUCCGAUCAGCUGAUCGGCGCCAAACACACUGCACGACCGGGUGCUUCCUGAGGCGCGUCUCAUCUAUAAUGGAGCGACCCCAUCGCCUUCCAGGUCGGCCUUUUCUUGAUGGAGCCCAUUGGCUAAUUGUCCCGGCCUUCUGCUGGCCAGGUAGCAGCCGGCUGGUUCAGAGGUGGCCCGGGGACAUGAGCGCUCCACGCUCACCUCGCCUCACUGCCCGUGUGAGGGCGAGGCCUCUGACUCACUCCACUUCUCUGCCAUCUCUUUCUCCCGAAGCGUGGCGUCUGUGUGUUGGAAGCAUGGGGGGGAGGGUCCGAGUCUGAUUGUUCUCUCUGCUGGAGACUUUUCUGUACCUGAAAGGUCACAUGGGGCUUGAUAAGAUCCCUCAGAGAACCAGCGCAGUGCAAUUUCUAUCAGAUGUGCUUGUGUAACUGCACUUGAGUGUCCUUUUUUUUUGGCCAGGAUUAUAAACCACAAGCUGUGUGACAAAGGUGAAAAAAGGAAAUGCUCUGUGCGAAGAGGUGAGGUGAGGCCGGGCUCCUCCGCCAUCAGAAGCAUGAGAGAAAUCGACUUCAAAGUGGAGGGAAAUCAAGUGUGGCGAACCCAAAAAUAGGCACCGAUGCGUUUCAGACAUUUUAGCCUUCAUCAGGGCAUGCUGGUGGACUCUUUAUCUUUCCACUUCAAGAGUGCCUCGAUUUCUGGAGACGGUUUUUAACCUCAUUAUUCCGGCGCGCUCAUUCCAGAAGAGCGGCUACGUUUCUAACAGCAUAAUUAUUGCAUUACACAUGAGGGGCUUAUUUUUGUUUGAUGACGUGUUCCCACUUGGCGGGUUGGACGAGAGUUGCAUCAUGAUGUGGGUGAGAGUUGGGGGUGAGUGUUUUUUUUGUUUUUUUGAAACCUCAAACAUUUAAGAAUUUUGUUUAAUCAGAUGUCAGGAAAGCUUCAUGCAUUUCCCCCUCCUCGUGUUGCAGUGCAGCUAUUCUUUGUUGGUAGCUGCUCUAACAGAUUUAUCUUCACUCUCAAUAAUCAAAUUCCUUCAACGCUCCCAUUGCUCAGCUUUCUUCGUCUACGCUCACAAGCUCCCUCGUUAUCCAUUUGCGGAGCGACGGCGGGGAGGACGUUCUGACUUAUUGAAUAAGGGGGGGGGGGGGGGGCUGUCUUAGAUUGGCAGGACACCUGGAACCAUAGAUCACGAAGACAAAUGAGUGGAUCAAUGAGAAAGAGAAGCGGGGAGGAGGAAGAAAGAAAACAGGCUGAGAUAAGGACAGAUAGCAGAGUGAAAGGUAGAGGAAGAAGUAAAGAGCUCUGUGGUGAUUCAGCAAAACACAUUUCCAGGAUCUACUCUUGUCUCUUUAGAAUUAGAAGAAGAAGAUGGGGGACUAUCCUGGAAGAAGCGAUGCACUGGGAGGCACACUUUAGCAGUCACCGUAGUCUACCGUAGUAUAAUAACUCUUCCCAACAGAAGUCACGAAAUACUAAUAAACGCGCGAGUCGAGAUAAAAUCUAUAACCUUCGGCAUGAUGAUGGAAUCAAAGGCUUGGAUUCAAUCUUUGAAAGUUCAUGCAGUAUUAAUACGUUUGAGCCUUGAGCUCAGGCCUCUCUCUGAAUCUUGAGGGUGUGUGUGUGUUAGGAUUCUGGAAGUGCAACCGCGGCAACUUCUGUGUCUGUUUGACUGCGGAUGUUGAAGGCUUUCUACGUGACUGAAGAACUGAGGAAAGUUUGCAAAAACGAGAAACCCAACCCUGGUGAUGUCACAGUGACGUAUUUUGCGUUAUUUCAGCUUGGCCUCGGAAGCUACGAAUUUAAAGUCGUGGUCAAAAAAAUCUAAAACUAUAUUGAAAUGCAAUUCUAAAAGUUGGAAUACUCUUUUAAGCAUAUAAACAUGUGCAUUCAAGACACCCCUGUACAGUAUUUAUGACAUUUAUCUGUAAUUCUGCGUACAAAUAUUCAUUUAUUGUGCUGUCUUGCUGUAUAGAAAGAAGCUCCGUGUCUCUCCAUCACACCACCUCCUGCAUUCAGACACACACACCAUCCAAUAUCCUGUCGAUGUGUGAGUGACAGACAUAUCUAACAGCAGUCCCAGCUCCCUCUAUCUCUGCUGCCUCUCUUUUUUUUAAUGCAACUCUGUGUCUGAUAAUGGCUGCAUUGUCCUCACUUAAUACAUACCGCCGAAACAACUCGCCGUCUCGCUUUUCAUUGCGGCUCAUUUACAUGAUAGCCGUGUAGCUCAUACUGCAAAUACAUUUCGUACACACUUUUUUUUAUGUUCUGAGCAGGGUUUCAAAACGUCUAAAAAUAAAAAAGUAUCUGUAAACAUAGUCAUUUGUGUCUACAAAGCAAUGUUGAGGUCGUAAAUGCAAAUUAAUUUUGAAUUAUUAGACAGUUCCUUGAUGUUUUCGCCCACACAGGACAAAGUGGUCAGAGUCUUUUUAAAACCCACCUGAUGUACUGAAGCUCGUGUUGAUCACAGUGCUUCUCCACCGGCACAAUCUACCAGAUGUGCAGCAUUCUGAGACUGCAAAGAGGGGAAAGAACAACCUCACAGCGUUUUGAUUUUGGUUCAGUGCCACGUCUAAGCUGUAUACGUUUUCAUCAAUAUCUUCUUUCACCAGAAAAUUUCACUGGGGCAGUCAGUGGUUGGAGGACAAAGCUGAACGUGGUCGCAAUGACAAACCCUCCGAUGUCAGAGGAGAUGUGAGGGAGGGACGGGGAUGAUUAAGGACGAGAGUGGGGGCAGUAGACGUUAGGAUGACAAAGAACUGCAGGAGAGACAUGACGGAGACAAGUGUAUGUGUGAUACCAGAUUUAAAUGAAUUAAGCUUUAUUAUAGGCCUAUAUAGAAUAUGUAAUGUAAAUGUUCCUUCAGAUACAAUUGGAAGAUUUGUGAGGAUAAACACGAGUUCUGAAAGUUUCAGAGUUAAAAGUAAGAUUUGAAUGUCGGCAAUAACUCUCUCUCUCUCUCUCUGUACCUGUAAUGUUUGCUGCGUUACAAAAGCUUUUAAUUUAAGUUUGUGUGCGUGCCUUUCCGCGAUCCAACUCACUUCUUCCCGCGAGAUUAAAACAUACCCUUUUCAGCUUUGCACGCUGGUAUCUGUGGUACUAUUUUAACGGGGAAAGAUCUGAAAUGCUGCGAGAGAAGAAAAGAGAAGCUCGAAACAAACCAGCCUCGGCGGGGUGAAACAAGGUUCAAUCAAUCGUUCGUGCUUCCCAAAACUGAAUCGCAGUUUACACUUUCAUAACCCCUUCGGUUUUUAUGAAUUUUACCUCAUACACCAAAGAAAUGUGAACCGUGACGUAGCGUUGGACAUCUGCCGCGCUGAUGAGAGUCGGCGAGUUCAUCGCUGCACGGUCCUACCUAUAGGCCUCAGGGGACAGGAAGUAGGGAGGCAGAGAAUCAGGGAGUUGUCGGUGUGCCAAUCACAUAAACUACAAAGAUGAAGUCUGGCUGUAGCUUCCUCUCUGCUCAUCCCCUUUAAUGCCAGCACGAAAAGGCGUUUUGUGUUUCGGUGCAUCCGGGCUUCUUUCUGUUUGUAUUACAAGAUUGAAGAUGGUGUAGUUUAAGAUAUCGGCAUCAGUUCAUAAUUCACCGUCAUGAUUUCUGAAGAAGUUUUCUGAGGGAAAAUGUUAUUUGGUAUAAAGUCUGCUCAGGUUGCACUGACUAAAAGACGGCGUCUAGAUUUCCUCCAUAGUGAUUACCAUCACGUAGUCCUUUCCAGGAAGCUUCGUAAUGAAUUCACAGUUGCACGUUAGUUCCUUUCCAGGAUUAUAUUAGGAAACCGGGGGAUCUAUAAAAUGAGGUGUCUUACGUUUAGUCUUUCCCAGAUCUUUAAAGAGGUGUUGCGGUUAAGUCAUUGAAUUUCCCGAGACUAUUUAAGUGAACAGCGAAACCCGGCCAAGUAAAAGUCUGCCACAUCACCUCCCAUAAAACCACAACGUGUUGUUUUUACAGUUCGGCUUUCGUCCAGAUUAAACAAACGAGAUAUAAAGUGAAUAUAUGAGUUUUGGAAGUGUUGUUGGGCCGUUAUUUUGUUUUUGUUAAUUAUCUUUGCCAAGAGCCAUUUUUUCCCCCUGCUUCUAGUCCUAAUGCUAAGCUAAGCGUCAAAACCAAGGACGCAUUCCCCCCCCAAAAUGUCAAAGUAUUCCUUUACCAACUUCCACCAGCAAUCCCCACAUUCCAUUAUUAUAUUCAACUUUAUUUCAGACACAUGAGUCCAUAUAAAAAAAACUAAAACAACGACACUUUUUACCAUCAUAAAAAAAAAAUAAAGGAAUAUUUAGAUUUAGAUCCUCCUUGGUUUUAGCAAUCAUGAUAACACUCUUUUUAGAGUUGAAUUUAACAUUAAUAUUAAGGUAUUUUGUUUUAAAACAUUUAAAUAUUGGGAGUUAUCAACAUUUAAAAUGUGAAAUGACAUUGCCCUGCUCUACUCACAUGGUGUUUGUCCGCAUUGAGCUUUCACCAUCCACAGAUCCAUUUGCUAUGAUGAUGAGCUAUGGUCUGCUUUGUACAAUCAGUAGUGCACAUAUCCACACAGCGGUCGGGCCUCUGGGCAUUCCUCUGCUAUGUGCACACACUGCCAGUUAGCUGAUCAACAUCCCAAAGCUCUAUUUCACGUUUAGGCAACCACAACAAAAAAAACAAAUCACAAAGAUUUCCAUCUCGUACUGUAACAGGCGUCUUGUUUUUUCACCCCAGUUUGUAGCUCUCUGUGAAAAGAUACAAACGGGCCUUCCAUUGAGUUUCUGGAGAGCUCUGGAGCCCGAAGUGAGGCCCGCUCUCCGCAACAGAAGCUGCACACUCACAUUUGUGCCAUUGUUGUAGAACGGUUUGCCUUUUUAUUGCAUUCUCCUUGCCUGCUCUCACACCAUGCGUGCCAACCCCCCCCACCCCACCCCCGCACACACCUUCUCAGUGUGUAUGCUAUCCUGGGCAGCAGGCCUCUAGAACGACUGAAGCAGCUCGGCGACAUCGUGUACGAGGAUAGCGCUCAGGUUUCGCGGCGUGGUGAUGCCGAGAGUGUCAAAGACAGCUCAUUGCGUCUUUGGGUUGUCUCUCGACACAGUACAAUCUGUUUUUCUUUUUUAUUGGUUGAAUUUUCUUUUGGUCGGUUGGCUUUGUGUUGCUAAAUGCAGCAGUUGGCGGAGUCCGUUCGCCGUCUUUAUGAUGAAGACUGAGAGGGUACAGAGAGGCUGGGACUAUCCAAAUCCCUAAAGCCUCUUCCGUGGGGAGCCCAGCCGAUCCCUCAUCUUCGCCCCGGUCCAAAGAUCUGAGCUGUGAUUCCCUCCAGCAGGAUUUUAUAGAGACACAGAAAGCUCUAUUACACCAAAAGCCUGUCCCCGACAAGCCAAAUGACAAGAUAACAAGUGACAUUUUGCUCUAUAACAUUGUAUGGAGGUUUCUUACUGGAAAAAUGCCUUUAGAUCCAUUUGCUGAUCUUUUUCUUACUUAUGUUUCUGUAGUUAAGCUGUAUCUUGAUGGUGAUUUAAUAGUGUUCUAGGUCAUAUAGAACAGGGAAUAAGGCAAUUCCCUGAACCCUCAGUGUACAGUUCCUUUUGCAUAGACGUUAGCAUGUCACCUGGAACCCCUUCCCUGUAAAUACUCACCCUUCCCUCCCUCUCUUUUGUCUGCAGUCAUGGCUCCAGAGGUACGGCUACCUCCCUCCUGCAGACCCCAGAAUGUCGGUGCUGCGCUCUGCUCGAGUCAUGCAGUCCGCUAUCGCUGCCAUGCAGCGCCGCUACGGCCUCAAUGUCACAGGCUCUCUGGACAGCAGCACUAUAGGCGAUAACACGAUAAGGUGGAUGAAGAAGCCAAGAUGUGGGGUUCCCGACCAGAUAGGAGGCGCAUCCAAAUUCAGUGUCAGGAAACGGCGGUACGCCCUGACAGGACAGAAGUGGCAACACAAACACAUCACAUACAGCAUAAAGAACGUGACACCCAAAGUGGGGGCAGAGGAGACCCACGAUGCCAUUCGGCGGGCCUUCGACGUCUGGCAAAAUGUAACGCCGCUGCGCUUCGAGGCCGUGCCCUACAGCGAGCUGGAGAGGACCAAGAAAGACGUGGACAUCACCAUCAUCUUCGCUUCGGGUUUCCACGGCGAUAGCUCGCCCUUUGAUGGCGAGGGUGGCUUCCUGGCCCACGCCUACUUUCCAGGGCCGGGAAUAGGAGGCGACACCCACUUUGACUCAGACGAACCGUGGACGCUGGGCAACCCCAACCACGACGGUAAGCGUUGAUUCAUGUUCUUGGGAGAUGGUAUCAGACAUAUUUUUAAAACAAAAGGUCUGUCAGCUGAUUCACCUGGAAUGAGUGUGUGAAUGUAGAAUAUGUACAGGGUUGAUAUUUUGCGUCUAGGCUCCGUCUCUCCCCAUAAAGAAACCCAGAGCUCAGCACAUCAGGGAGUGGAGGGUGACGAUAAUAACUUAUCCUCUCGGGGAACAAAGUCUCAGAGCCUACAGGUGGAUGCUGAGGCGGAGCUGCUGCCUGUGAAAUGCUAUACGAACAGCGCUAGCGGUGAGCGGGGAGUGAUGAGAAUAACUUAGCCCUAGAGGAGCAUAGACUCAGAGCCUACAGCUGGAUGCUGAGGUGGAGCUUUUGAAAUGCUAUAACAACAACAACAACAACAACAACAACAACAACAACAACAACAACAA